AUGGAAACUCCAUCGUCCGGCACAGUAACCCCGGUCGACCUGGAAAACGGCGACGACCAGAUUCGCAAACGAUUGACAGUCACCUUCCGCGAUCUGAAUGUUCGAGUCACUGCACCAGAUGCUGCUUUGGGAAGCACCUUAUGGUCAGAUGUCGACCCGCGACAGGUUGGGACUCUGCUGAAACGCGGCGACCGUCCAAAAAGGACCAUCCUCAAAAAUGUUGCAGGCCAGGUGAAGCCCGGGGAAAUGCUUCUUGUGUUGGGACGUCCAGGCUCCGGAUGCACUUCCCUCCUUCGAGUCCUCUCGAAUGAUCGAGAUAGCUUUGAUGAAGUCACCGGCGAAACCAACUACGGAAGCAUGGAUCACAAGACUGCCAAAGGUUUCCGUCAGCAGAUAAUGUUCAACAAUGAAGACGACGUUCACUUCCCAACCCUUACUGUCAACCGUACAAUGAAGUUCGCUCUUCGAAACAAGGUUCCCAACGAGCGACCGGACCAUCUAAGGAACCGCAAGGACUUCGUCCAGAGCCACCGUGAUGAGAUCCUGGGCUCACUUGGAAUCGGACACACGAAGAAGAACUUGGUAGGAAACGAGUACAUCCGAGGCGUGUCAGGAGGUGAACGUAAGCGCGUUUCUCUUGCUGAGGUCCUGGCCGGACAAAGUCCAGUCCAAAUGUGGGACAAUCCCACUCGGGGCUUGGACUCGAAAUCAGCGGUGGAAUUCGCUCGAAUGCUGCGACGUGAAGCAGAUCGGAAUGACAAGACAAUCAUUACAACUACAUACCAGGCUGGAAACGGUAUUUAUGACCAAUUCGACAAGGUCCUCGUUCUGGCUGAAGGUCGUGUCACUUACUACGGCCCUCGUCGUAUUGCACGAAAAUACUUCGAAGACCUUGGAUUCAUCUGCCCCAAGGGUGCCAAUGUCGCAGACUUCCUUACUUCGGUUACUGUCCUUACCGAACGCACAAUCCGAUCAGGCUGGGAAGAAAAGGUGCCUAAUACACCUGAGGACUUCGAAAAUUGCUACCAAAACAGCGCCAUCUGCAAAGAUCAAAUGGACUCCAUCGUGGACCCCGAGAAGCUGACCUACGAAGCUGAAGACCUGAAGCUGGCAGUAUCUAGUGAAAAGCGCAAACAACAUCUUCCCCGGAAUAGCAGUGUUUAUACAGCGAAUAUUUGGGACCAGAUUGCCGCUUGUGCUCUCCGCCAGUUCCAGGUUAUCUGGGGUGAUAAGCUCUCUCUAUUUGUGAAGGUCGUAUCAGCUUUAAUCCAGGCCCUGGUCUGUGGAAGUUUGUUUUAUAACUUGCCAGAGGAUUCGAGCUCAAUCUUCUUACGCCCUGGUGUUUGCUUCUUCCCGGUGUUAUAUUUCCUCCUUGAAAGUCUGUCGGAAACAACUGCAUCAUUUAUGGGCCGGCCUAUUCUUUCUCGUCAGAAGCGAUUCGGAUUUUACCGACCUACAGCCUUUGCCAUCGCCAACGCUCUCACUGAUAUCCCAGUUGUGAUGUUCCAGGUGACCUGCUUCUCGAUUAUCCUUUACUUCAUGGCUGCUCUUCAAAUGGACGCAGGAAAGUUCUUCACAUUUUGGAUCAUCGUUAUUGCGCAGACAUUGUGUUUCGUGCAACUAUUCCGAGCUGUUGGCGCUGUGUGCAAACAGUUUGGAAAUGCAUCCAAAAUAUCCGGCUUGUUGUCCACUGUCUUCUUUGUCUAUGGAGGAUAUCUUAUCCCAUUUCACAAGAUGCAUGUGUGGUUUCGCUGGAUCUUCUACCUCAACCCGGGAGCAUAUGCCUUCGAAGCACUCAUGGCUAAUGAGUUUGUCGGACGAAAAUUCACAUGUAUAGAGCCCGAUUAUAUCCCGUACGGCGCAGGAUACUCUAACUCGGUAUCUGCCCACCGUGGAUGUUCAGUCCUUGGAAGCGACGCUCAAGGCAUUAUUGAUGGGGCAAAAUACAUCCAAGAGCAAUAUAGUUAUUCAGUCCAUCACAUCUGGAGAAGCUUUGGCAUUAUCAUUGGAUUUUGGAUUUUCUUCAUCUGCCUGACUUCUUUCGGACUUGAACUCCGGAACAGCCAAAGUGGAUCAUCUGUCCUGCUUUACAAGCGCGGCAGCGAGCAUACUGAGAAGUCACAGUCCCCAAAGCAGGCAGACGCCACCGCACUUUUGGGCUCAGUCAAGCAAUCGACCUUUACAUGGAAAGACCUUGACUAUCAUGUACCUUUUCACGGUGAGAAGAAACAGCUUCUGAACAAGGUAUUUGGAUUUGUCCAACCAGGAAACCUGGUUGCCCUCAUGGGAGCUUCUGGAGCUGGAAAAACAACAUUGUUGGAUGUGCUUGCUCAGCGUAAGGAUAGCGGAGAGAUUUAUGGAUCAGUCUUGAUUGAUGGCCGCCCGAUUGGAAUCAGUUUCCAGAGAACUACUGGUUACUGCGAACAGAUGGAUGUGCAUCUUGAGACAGCCACGGUCAAGGAAGCAUUAGACUUUUCGGCGGUUCUUCGUCAGCCAUCGACAGUUCCACACGAAGAAAAACUUGCCUACGUCGAACAUAUUAUUGACCUCUUGGAGUUGCGUGACAUCAGCGAAGCACUUAUCGGGGUUCCUGGAGCUGGACUUAGCAUUGAACAGCGCAAACGCGUGACUCUGGGCGUUGAGCUUGUCGCUAAGCCUACAUUGUUGUUUUUAGAUGAACCUACUUCCGGUCUUGAUGGACAAAGUGCGUUCAACAUCGUACGUUUCCUUCGCAAACUGGUCGAUGGCGGCCAAGCUGUGUUGUGUACAAUUCAUCAACCAUCUGCGGUGCUAUUCGACGCAUUUGACGGUCUUCUCUUGCUAGCCAAGGGCGGAAAAAUGACGUAUUUCGGAGAAACUGGCAAGGACUCGACCAAAAUCUUGGACUACUUCACUCGCAACGGAGCGCCAUGCCCUCCGGAUGCCAACCCCGCAGAGCACAUCAUUGAUGUUGUUCAAGGAGGUGGUACUACAGACCAAAAGGAUUGGGUCGAAAUCUGGAGUCAGUCAGAAGAGCGCAAGCAAGCACUCUCCCAGCUCGACGCACUCAACGAAUCCAGCAAAGAUGCUUCCGACUAUGUUGAAGAUACUGCUGACUAUGCGACUUCGCACUGGUUCCAAUUCAAGAUGGUUUCUAAACGCCUCAGCAUUCAUAUCUGGCGCUCACCAGACUACAUGUGGAACAAGAUUAUUCUCCAUAUCUUCGCGGCGCUAUUCAGUGGAUUCACUUUCUGGAAGAUUGGCAGCGGCACUUUCGACCUUCAGUUGAGACUCUUUGCGAUUUUCAAUUUUAUCUUCGUCGCUCCCGGCUGUAUCAACCAGAUGCAGCCGUUCUUCUUGCAUAGUCGUGAUAUCUUUGAGACCCGAGAGAAGAAGUCCAAAACCUAUCACUGGAGCGCCUUCAUUGGAGCGCAGACUCUGACGGAAAUUCCGUACCUUAUCAUUUGCGCCACACUUUACUUUGCCUGCUGGUACUUCACAGCAGGGCUUCCGAUCGAGGCCAGUGUUUCCGGGCAUGUCUAUCUUCAGAUGAUUUUCUAUGAACUCCUAUACACAUCCAUUGGUCAGGCAAUUGCAGCAUAUGCACCGAACGAAUAUUUCGCGGCUGUGAUGAACCCUGUCUUGAUCGGUGCCGGCCUGAUCAGUUUCUGUGGCGUGGUGGUUCCAUACUCCCUCAUGCAGCCAUUCUGGCGAUACUGGAUUUACUACCUGGACCCCUUCAACUACUUGGUUGGUGGUCUGUUUGGCGAAGUGAUCUGGGAUGUCAAGGUCAAGUGUGCACCAUCGGAAUUUGUGCAGUUUACCGCACCGUCUGGUCAGACCUGCGGCCAAUACAUGGCCGAUUUCCUCGCCGCACAGACUGGAUACCUAGCUGAUGGGAAUUCUACUGGGACAUGUUCAUUCUGUCAAUACUCUGAGGGUUCUGAUUAUGCGAAAACGUUCAAUCUUCAAGAGAAAUACUAUUCAUGGAGAGAUACGGGUAUCACUGCCCUGUUCUGCAUCUCAUCGUACGCCUUGGUGUUCUUGAUGAUGAAGCUCAGGAGCAAGAAGACCAAGAGUGCCCGUUCUGAAUGA